CUCAGGACACUCCCUGCAGGCCUACCCAGAGAUGGGCACCGUGGAGGGCCUGGCCUCCGUGUUGGUGAACCUCCUGCUGGAGGCCACCUGGGAAGACCGUGUGAAGAUCCUACUUUCCCUGGCGAGACUGCUGCCUGACGUGACUGGUAAAUUCCGUGAAUGGCUGCGGAAGGUCCUCCUGCACCUGCUCAACCUGGACCCACCCCCCAGCUUCGAGGACCAGAUGCAGAAGCAGUUUGUGGUGCUGGCGCUGCAGCUGCUCCUGGCCUGCUCAGAGGACUGCAGAGACGUGGUUGUGGAGCUCAUGUCCUACUUCCUCUGGUCUCCGGCCCGCUACCUGCUGGAGGUGAAGGAGCUGCUGAACAGGCUGGGCCUCCAGGACCCACAGGACUUACUGUACGCAGAGAUGCUGACCUGGGUCCGAAACCAAGACAUCCGCUCCAAGGCUGUGGUGCGAGCGUACUGCUGUCAGAAGCUUGAUGACAUCACCCAGCAGCUGGAGGAGCUCGUACCACCCAGAGCGCAGGAGGCGGGCAUCGUGAGGGCGGUCCCACAGGUCCCCGCGCAGCUCUCUCCGGCUGAGCAGGAGACGCCAGACCCCGAGCAGGAGUUCUGGCGCAUGCUGCUGCAGUUUCGUGCUGGACCAACCAGGAAAGAGCUUUCUGAGGUUCUGCAGGCCUUCUGCUCGGGGCCCCUGCCUGCCGCCUCCGUCCUCCUUGAGCUUCCUAGUGUCCUCUUGCCACUGGAGAAGACCCUGUGGGCCUGCACGCGGAAGCUGAACAUGGGCCCCAUCAGUGUGCUCAAUUUGUUCUGCCAGCAGCAGUGGAUGCAGCUGCAGAGCACCACGCAGGAGGCUGAGCUCCAGCCUCCGUUACCAGCCUCACCCGCGGACCAGCUGGUACCCAAUACUGUGGUGCGACCGCCCCGGGCACGCUGGUUCCACCCUAUCCUCCGGCUGCAGGAGACCAGCCCUCAGAGCUUGGGCAUGAGACUGCGGGGCUCCUUCUGCCCCCACCACACCCGCAAGCUGGACGGCUCGAUCCGGGUGCUGAAGCUGCCCCUGCCUCGGAUAGACCUGCAGCCCUUCCCCCCGGGCUGGCCCAACCCCCCCCGGGCGCUGCCCCCCCUGCUCCUGCAGCCCACCCUGCAGCGGUACUUUCUGCCUGAGGAUGCCGACCCUGACAGCUACCAAUGACAUGGCAGCGAC